AUGGCAGCAAAGGUGGCUGCUCCAUCUAAAAGGUGUUCGGGCAAGCGGCAGAUGGAAGACAACACAGAGCUACUGCCAGCAACGAGGCCGAGACUCUCCGAUCAUUCUGUGCCUGGCAAGGCUGAGGCAUGGCAGGAGCCGAAGAGGUCGCUCUCUGUGCAGGUCUGGGAGGAGAUGUCACGGCUCAUCCCUUGGCUGCAGCAGAGCCUGCCGCAGGGCCUCGCUGGUAACGUGACUGGGUAUGGUGGCUGCACUUCCUUGGCCGCUCUUGAGCCCGGCAAGAUUCAAAGUCUGGACGAGUCGGUUUCUGCUUCUUUCCGUGAGGCUUGGAGUUGUGGGAAUUGUCAGGCCUCUCUGCAGAAGCACAAUCAGUACGAGGCUGCCGGCUGCCUUUGGUGGCUCCAGCUGUACCCUGAUGAAAGGGGGGUCACUCCCUUCGACAAUCUGGACUGGGAAUCGUUAUGCGAAUUUGCAGAAGGGUUUGGGCCGCUCAAGGUUGAGAACGGCUUCGUGCCGUUCAACAUCAUCGUGCCGGCCUACCGCUUCAAAGCAGAUUCGGGUCUUCACGACUGGUCCUCCGACUUCCCAACAGGCCUCUCCGUUUGCCAAGGUGCUCUGUUGCCUUGCUGGGCCCUCCUGCUCGCCAUCUCCCGGGCCUUUCUUGCACAGGACUGGUCGCACCUGGACAAGUUGAUGGCCUGCUCCCGCAGCAUCCCGAUCCGCUUGCAGAUCGUCCCAGAUGGCCUGGCCUUGGCGAAGAUGGCCAUCAAUUUCUCGACCGAGCACAUGAAGGCCUCUCUGAUGGAGGACACUUUUACAUCCUGGCUUUCGAAGUUUCCAGACAGUGGAAAAGCCAAGGAUAUGGUAGCGUGGCUGAAAUCCAACAAGGUGUUCUACUAUGAUGGCAAGACCAUCCAAGACCCUCUGUUGAAGGCUGCCAAGCUUGGGCUGCAGUAUCUCUUCGAUGAGAAGGUCGCAAAACAGCUCUGCCUCCUCCAACGUGUCCAUGGCCGCAAGCUCCUGACGAAGGAAUACACAAAGCUGUACCGCUUCUUGGGCACUCUGCAAAGCCUCAUGAAAAAGAUCGAGAAGGACCCCAGUUCUGAUGUGCUCGCCUGGGCCCUCCAGUAUACUCACAUUGCUCUCCAGCGCGAAUGGCUGGAGCCGUCCAGUGUGACCGCCGAUAACCUCGGUGAUGGUGGCAAGUCGAAAAGCGUGACCUGGGGCAUGUCGGUCUUCUUGAAGCAUGCUGUGGUCGCUCAGAUUGCCGAUCUCAUUCCAGGCAUCUGCAAGGACGACAAUGUGCGGUCAGAGCUGGAGACGGUGACCGAGACGUUCCUGGACUUGGACUCGUUUGAGAAGCUCCUGCCCAAGAUCGUGUCCGAGGAUUCUGAGAGAGCAGACUCAGAGAUGGUGGACGACGAGAAGAAGGAGCAGACAGGCACGGAGGCCGCUCCGGACGAGACGAGCGGUGAUUCCCCCUUCGAGGAGUAUGUGGGCAAGUUGACGGCCAGCUCCAGGUGCUUGGCCACUUUUCUGUUCGAGUUGCUGAGCGGGGAGAUGGAGCAGGAGUUCCAUGACCAUUGGCUCUCCUCCGACAACAUGGCCAAGGCACUCAAGGAAGUUCUCCUCGUGGGUUCCGAGGAGGAGGAAACGAGCUGGACCCAGGGCAUCUCCAAGUUCAUGAACGAGAUGGAGCUUCUCCACACAGUCGCUCUGGAAAGCAAGGCCAGCAGCUCUUUUGCAGCACCACCCCCGAAGCUUCGGGAGCUGGUGCGAGCACUGAGCGACCCGGGUGAUGUGGAGAAGGCUGCCGAAAAGCGGCAGAAACGCGAGAAAGAACGCCAGACACUGUGGAGUUCCUGCUUAACCCAUCGGGCGAAGUUUCUGCGGGUUCUGACGAGCAAGGGCCGAUCUUCCUCCCAGAUUCUGGACAUGGUCUGUGGCUGCUCCCUCUACAAAGCCCACCAGGCCUCUCCCAAAGCCAGGGUCCUCCUCAUUUUCGCGGCCGAUCUGGCCGGGGAGAGCAAGGGGAAACCCUGGGUGGGGACGUGGGCGAAGCCCACGACUGUGCCGACAGAGGUGGAUGCACGGCUGGAUUGCAUGAAGAAGCUGUCCGGCAAGGAUCACUUCUGCAGCAUGGUCUUCGAUGGCCGCUCCAAGUCGUGGAGGGGGUACCUGGAGUCCAAGAUGGGUGGCUCCGAGAUCUUCCUGGUCUUCAGUGGCAGGCCGAAUGAAGGGACGGUCGGCUCCAGGCAGAUCCCCUUCUCCUCCAACACCAGGGAGGUGGCCUUUCUCGAGUGUUCUUUUCCAAAGACCAGGAUGUACUUGCAGGAGCACCAGUUGGAGAACAUCAUGGAGUCCUCCUCCCACUACAGCCAUUGGUCCGGCCUCAACUUCCCAGGGUCUCUCCCCAAGAUAAAACCGGAGGUAAAGGAAAGCAUCCUGGGCAACAUGGACGCUCCGGAGGCUUGGCCCAUGGAGCGAGGACUCCCUCUGUUCUGGCAAGAGAGCAAGCCGAAGAGCUUCUGGUCCUCUCUGUACAGCAGCUUGGGGGUGACCCUCAUCGUCGACUUUGAGAUUGGCAGUGGACAGGCCGCGCUGGCCGCGAUGGAGGACGGCCUUUCUUAUGUUGGCCUGAGCAAGGAUCAGAGCCACAAUGCCUGGGUAUCGAACUACUUGGACAAGCAGGCGCUCCGGCUCAUCACAACCACAGGUCACUCCAUGUUUUCGGAGACCUUAGCAACGGCUCUCCAGGAGAUCUUCUCGACAGAGCUGGAGGAAGACGGGGAUCCUGAGCCAGUGGAGCUGAAGAGUGAGGUCUGGGAUCCGGAUGGAAAGAAGAGGCAGAUGGACGACGGCGACGAGCCGGAGCAGUGA